CACGGACGCUUUCGCUAAGAAGAUCCAAUCCACUAGGCGGGGUCGCUUGGACGUCUGCACCUUUAACAGCCGUCCGUGGAUCGGUUUUCAUGUAGCUAAAGCUACUUCACCAAUAGGAAUAAAACACACGGUCCCGACCUGGGACCAGUUUGAAAGAGCGAGAACCGCCGAAUUUAGUGAGCGAGGGAAACAUAGUGCGCGUCGUGUUCAACUAGAGCCUUGUUCGGCGCGGCGGUGCUUGUGCGAAGGGAGAGACGGCAGCGGCGAAAGGUGGACAAUGACUUCAACAAACACAUUUCAGGGAAUGGACACCAGCGCCAAGCCCAGCUCGAGGGUCCUUAAACCCCCAGGAGGAGGAUCCAGUAAUUUGUUUGGCGGCGACGAUUCGGCCGCUUCGUCGGCCAGCCGGCCUCAGAAGAUGGCCUCCAACAUUUUCGCACCUGUCGAGGAGACCCAGAGCAGCCCCAGGAGGACUAACCCCCCAGGAGGAAAGAGCAGCGGCAUUUUCGGGGAGUCUGAGGCUCCUGCCCCCAAAGCUACUCCACCCAGCGGAGUGACCAGCAACAUUUUUGUGGAGCCGCCAAGUAACCCACCGGCGGUCCGCAGCUACCCCAACAAACCAAAGGACAACAUUGGUGUGAACGCCCUGCCUCAGCCUGAAGCUCCGAAGGAGAAAACGCCAGCCCACAAGGAGGAUGUGGCCCCCAGUCCCAAGCAGGAGACAGAUCAGCCUUCUAAUGAGCCCGUAGAGGAUACUCAUGAGCCGCGGCUGGGUCCUCGACCUCGGUCACACAACAAGGUUAUCCAUCCCCCCGGUGGAAAGUCCAGCGUGGUACUUUACUGACAGUCUCGGCCAGUCUCUCUCUCUCUCUCUCUCUCUCUGCUGUCCUCUUGCACUUUCCGCCCUGGUUCCAAGUCUCUUAGUUCAACGUUGCGCAAAAGCGAUUGCCGGAAAGUACUUGCAUCGGCCACAUGGUUAAUUACCACUCCAAAACGUUUUCUUGUGUUGAAAAAUGCUGAGAUUGACUCUCGUUGAUAUUGCCUUCAACUAAACGGUUGUUGUUCAAAGACAACACCAUACAGUUUUGCACAGACACAUUUGGCUCAAUGACCAAAUUAACCCUCGUUUGGCAAUAUGGGACAAGUGGCCCGGUUUCCCUGCUGACAUUCACUCAAGAUAUGAUCUGUUGCUGGUCUGUAAGGUAACAAAGGCCAAGUCUCCUUACUCAGUGCCCCUUGUUCUGUCUUCACAUUUGGAAGAGAAUCCUUUUUAAUCUCUGCUUGCAUAGUUAAUACUGAAGAUCUAUUGCAAUAAAACCAAUCAAGAAUAAAAUUAUUUUGAUUGUACUUAGCUGACUAUUUUCUUGUAGGCUUACUGUAGAACUCAGAUUUUCCCAUCUGUUCUGUUUAGUGUUUCUGGAACAGCAGCACCAAAAACUGUAAGGAACCUUCGUGUUGUGGAAAACCGAUCGCUUCGUUACUUUUACACUUUCACAUGUGGAUAUUUGCAAAUGCUCGCUGUUCAGUCUUUUCCGUUACGGGAUUUACGAAGAAUGUGUUCAUACUCUGCGAAGGCAUUUUAUGUUUUAAAUUAAAACUGCAAGACAAAUGUGAACGCAGAUAGAGUGGAGAAUGAUGCGGUGAAAUGGGUGCGGGAGGAAAUGGGGGCGGCUCGUGCCCUACGCUGGCGUGCCAAGUGUGUUUACUGUUUCCCGGUGCCAGCCUUUUGUCUGCCUUUUCUACAUGCAAGUGUGCCUGGUGGGCGAUGUGCAGGAGGACGAAGCCUGCAUGGCCUGUCCAUCACAAUAAACUUUUUAUUUUAAGACUG